CAAGUUGCAGAAUUUGACUCUAUCUAUAUAAUGUUGUUCGAGCCACAAAUCCGCACUUGGAUGCCGUAUCAAGUAAGCUAUGUUAGUGUGAAUCCUGCAAAACUGAUGACGUUUUUCGCGAUUUCGAGAUUAUCUUC